AUGGCACUCGAGGCCGUCGUCGGCGCGGGCUACGCAGCCAGGCACAUCAAGCACGCAUUCUUCUGCGAGAGCGACCCCGGGGCAAUUGAGUUUCUCAAGGCAAGCUUUCGCCAGCCAGUGACGUUCUUCACUGAUGUGAAGACCGCCCCGCGCGUGAACCUCUUGACAGCGGGGUUCCCGUGCCAACCGUUCUCUUUUGCAGGGGCCCAGGGUGGCGAGGACGACCCGCGUGGAACUAUAUUCGAGGACAUAUACAAGUAUAUUCAGCGUUGCGUCCCAGACGUCUUCAUACUUGAGAACGUCAAG